AGUUACUUUAAUUAAGAUUGUUUUUUUAAUGUUUGUAAAUUUGUUAUUCAAAUAUUUGUAUCGAUUUGUAACAUGUGAUUUUAAAAGCUGGGGAGGUUUUUGCGACUGGGUGAAUAGUUUCUUCAGACUUAUUUUAUUUCACAGCAUUUUCCUACCCAGGACGAAGAAAUAAAUGAUGUGCCCUUCAAAUUUUGUAAUAUGAUUUAAGGUCACUUUUCCACUUAGGGUUCCAUUUUGAUAGCAUCUCAAGGUCAUAGCUUGACUUUUCGUUGAUUUUAUAUUUUUUCACAUGCCUCAUUUUGACGGUAUGUUUUGGUUAUCACAGUGUGAAGAUUCAGUUUUUUCAAUCGAGGAUCCAAAUAUAAAGUGCUGAUAAGAUAUUUUAGAUAAUUUAUGUGUGCGGUUAAAAAGUACAAUCUUUUUGACACUGUCAAAACAAAUCUAUGCAUAUCGAGUACGCAGAUAAAGCAUACAGCAAUACAGCUCACAGCAGCAGAACCUUUGGACCUCCCUCGUAACUUAACUUGGGUUUGCUUUUUAGGAACUUUUACUUUUGUUAGAUUGUUGACUGAUCUGCUGUCGUUUCUCUUUACAUCCUUAUUGGAACUGUACAUAAAGGCUACAUUUGAAAAUUUUCAUAUGCUUCUUUUCCGGUAAGGUUAUAAAAAAUUAACCGCCCUUAACGCAUGGUUUGGGUUAUGUUUGUAUAAUAUUUUGUAAAAGAAUACUGCGUUAACGCAACAAAGUGCGAGAAAAUGACGAAUUCCACCGUCGACGAAAUAACCAACGCCUUGGAAGUGACCCGCGUGAGCCCCACUGGUGUUACUUUUGCUGGUCAAUCCUUAAAACUUGAUUCUGUCGACGAUGCUAAAAGCAUUAUUGACGAAAUUAACAAAUGUCCUAAUCUCCAGUUUCUAAAUCUUGAAGGCAAUACUUUGGGAGUGGAAGCUUCCAAAGGUAUAGCGAAAGCCUUGGAAAAACAUCCUGAGUUUAAAAGAGCACUAUGGAAGGAUAUGUUCACUGGAAGAAUGAAAACAGAAAUACCCAAAUCAUUGGAAUUUCUUGGAAGUGGAUUAGUUUCAGCAGGUGCACGCUUAACCGAACUAGACAUGAGUGACAAUGCGUUCGGUCCGAUUGGAGUAGAAGGCCUUGCUGCUUUACUUAGAAGUUCUUCAUGUUAUGCUCUUGAGGAACUUCGUUUAAACAAUAAUGGACUAGGAAUUACAGGUGGAAAGUUGUUAGCUUCUGCUCUCACAGAUUGUUACGAAUCUAGCAAAAAAGAUGGAAAACCUCUAGCAUUGAAAGUAUUUAUAGCAGGUAGAAAUCGGCUUGAAAAUGAUGGUGCUAAAGCACUUGCAGAGGUUUUCAAAAUGAUUGGUACACUUGAAGAAAUUGCCAUGCCACAAAAUGGCAUUUACCACCCAGGAAUGGCUGCAUUGUCAGAUGCCUUUAGCAAUAACAAAAAUUUACAGAUACUUAAUUUGAAUGAUAAUACUGUUGGUGAAAUAGGCGCUGCAGCUAUCGCCAAAUCGUUACCACAUUUACAAAACUUGAAGGAAAUUAACUUCGGUGAUUGUUUAUUAAAAACGAGUGGGGCUAUCUUGUUGGCAGAUGGUUUGAAAAAUGGUCAUGAAAAGUUAGAGGAAUUGAAUCUUGGUCAUAAUGAAAUAAGACUAAGAGGAGCAAUACAUUUGAUUAAAGCUGUAUCAAAUAAAAGCAAACUGAAGGUUUUGAAUAUAAAUGGAAAUCAAUUUGGAGAAGAAGGAAGAUUACAGAUUGAUCACGAAAUUAGAGAAAUUGGAAAAUUAAAUGCUCUCAGUAGUCUAAGUGAAGAUGAAUCAGAAGAUAGUGAAGAUGAGAGUAGUGAUGGUACCUGCCACUCUGAGAGUGAUAUGGAGGAAGAAAACAUUGAAACAAAAACACCAGAAGAUUUCUUAAAUUUGCCAACUGCUGACAACUUUUUAGCCCUUGGUGAUGCAAGAAGUGAGUUAAUAUUAAGAGAAGCUAAGAAAGGACAAAGUAUGGAUGUGAAUACAUAUGUCCCAAUUUUAAUGAAAGUAGCGUCUCUUGUUGCAAGCUCAAAGGAAAAUAUUUCAGAAAUGGCACUAGAUUGUUCAGAAAAAUUAUUUAAAGAACUUUUCACAUGGUCUGAAGGAUCUAGCAAUUCUUCAAUGGUUAACAACACUAUUUUGGUACAUUUAGGACUAAUUAAAAGUGAAGAUAAAAAAUUCAAACCUGCAUGGAAUUUGGAUGGAUGUUUUAAAGCUUUAAAGAACGUCAUUGGCAAAAAUUAUGUUACUGAGAUUACCAGGGACACACUAACAUUAUUUUUACAAAAGGAAAAAGUUGGGAGUAGAUAAAACACACAUAACUUCGUUUUACAUGUUUAUAAAAUAUUUAUUUAUUCUUUUUUCUUAUUUGAAAUAAAGUUUCAUGUAGAAAAAUA